GGCCAGAGCAAACAGCUGUCCGUGCUAGAAAGUGGCGUUGUGUUUGUCAGAAACGUGAAGAGUCGUGUUGUGCAGAGAUGAGCUGCAGAUCAUUGAAACCGAGCUGGCUGUGGGUGGAAACUCCCUGAGAAGAUAAAGGUUGGACCAGCUCAGUCUAAUCGCAGCGAGUCAUCAUGGCUCACCGAGGGUCUCUAACCGCUGUUGUAACCACAGUCCUUGGAGUGACUUUAGGAGGCCUGCUCUUAUGGCAGGUGUACCGAACAAAAAGGAAGAAGCUGCCUUCCACUCAGAAGGUGGUGGAUCCUGUGGAGGCUCCUGAUCCUGUGGACAACACUCUCAAUGCCGUGCAGUAUCAUUGUGUAGAGCCACAUCAUGUUCCUGCGACAGAAAUGAAGACGGUGGAGUGUCAGAGCGCCGAGCCGCCCCCUCCGGUCCACGUCCUGUCGUUCGAUGAGCUGCUGGAGGUGAAACCGGUGAUGGUGAGCUCUGAAGAGGAGUGGCAGCAGAUGUGGCCGCUGAUGCAGAAGGAGCUGUCGGUCUUCCCUGUGCUGGGGCUCGACUGUGAAUGGGCGUCAGUGAAGGGCCGAGCCUCGGUCGUCUCCCUGCUGCAGGUGGCCACGUACUCGGGUCUGUGCGUUCUGGUGAAGCUGCUGGCGUUUCGCAGCGGGCAGCAGCUGUGCCCGCACACUUUGAUCCAAGUACUCGGCGACACGCACAUUUUGAAGGUUGGUGUUGGUUGCUACGAGGACGGGAGGCGCCUGACGCGGGACUACGGCCUGACGCUGACGUGUACAGUCGACCUGCGCUACCUCGCUUUAAGACAGAGGCAGACGUCUGUGAGUAAUGGCCUCAGUCUGAAGUCGUUGGCAGCAGAUCUGUUGAACGUCUCUCUGGAUAAAUCUCUGGAGAUCCGCUGCAGCGACUGGGAGGCAGAUCAGCUGACUCUGGAGCAGAUGACUUACGCUGCCAGAGAUGCUCAGGUUUCCAUGGCGCUCUUCCUCCGUCUCCUCGGCCUUCGGUCUGAAGCCGGUCCGACCCACUCCAAUGGGACCUCCUUUUCAGAGCUGGUCUCCCUCUGCCAGGGCCUGGUGGACGUCCCAUUCAGGGCCCGAGGGGAGGGAGACGACAGGAGUGGCGAUGGAGAAAGGAGACGGAGGAUGAAGAAGCCGGCAUUGUGUGAAAUUCCAGAGUCUGGAGAUCAACAAGUCCCAGACCCUCGAAAAAAUAACAAGAGGAAGCCGCUGGGUGUCGGUUAUUCUGCCAGGAAGUCUCCACUCUAUGAUAACUGCUUCCUGUAUGCGCCUGACGGCCAGCCUCUGUGCACGUGUGACAAGAAGAAAGCCAAAUGGUACCUGGAUAAAGGAAUUGGAGUUCUUCAGAGCGAGGAUCCGUUUAUCGUGAGGCUGCUGUUUGAGCCCUCAGGACGUCCGGACUCGCAGCAGGACUACUAUCUGACGGCCAAGGAGAACCUGUGUGUGGUCUGUGGCAAAGCAGACUCCUACAUCAGGAAAAACAUCGUGCCGCACGAAUACAGACGACAUUUCCCCACAGAGAUGAAGGACCACAACUCCCACGACAUCCUGCUGCUGUGCACCCUCUGCCACGCUGCUUCCAACGUGCACGACGGCUUCCUGAAGCAGCAGCUGGCCGAAGAGUUCGCCGCCCCUCAGGGCUGCGAGGAAGGCGUCCGGCUGCUGGAGGACUCGGACCGCCGGCGCGUUCGCUCUGCGGCGCGGGCUCUGCUCAGCGCCGGGGAGGGACUGCCGGAGCCGCGGCGCGAGGAGCUGCAGGUCCUGAUCAGGAGCUUCCUGAGCGUGAACGAGGAGCAGGAGCUGAGCGAGGAGGUGCUGCAGCAGGCUGCCAGCCUGGAGACCAGGAUCCUGAAUGAGGCGUACGUGCCUCACGGCCUGAAGGUGGUCCAGGCUUACGCCGAGCACGGCCUGCGGGGCCUGAUGGACCUGGAGCGGCGCUGGAGGCAGCACUUCCUCAGCACCAUGCAGCCUCGCCACCUGCCCCCCCUCUGGUCCGUGGACCACAACCACAGCAAGUUCCUCCGUAAAUACGGAGCAGACCUGCCCGUCAAACUCAACUGA